AUCCUUUUCUUAUAAAGCAAAUGUAAACAGUAAAAUUUAUAAAGCAAAUGUAAAUAGUAAAAUUUUACAUGUAAACAAUACUCAAUUGAUAAAAUUAGACAUCAGUCCUGUGCUAGUGAAUAACAAUUUUUUUGUAUACAUAUAUAUUUCUCUCUUUCAAUCUAUGAAGAUUCUUCAGAUCAAGUUUGAAUUCGUCGUAACUGAAUCACUUAAAGCUGUUAAAUAAUGAAGAGAAUUAUAUGUGCAGUUUCUGGUGGUGUUGAUAGUAGUGUAGCUGCUCUUCUUCUUAAAAGACAAGGAUAUGAAGUCAUUGGGGCAUUUAUGAGAAAUUGGGACAUUUCUGAUGAAAAAGGUUUUUGUCAAGCAGAUCUAGACAGAGAAGAUGCUGAGUAUGCUUGUAAAAAAAUUGGCAUCCCUUUUUUUGAAGUGAAUUUUGUUAAAGAAUAUUGGAAUAGUGUUUUUAGCUCACUCAUUCAUGAUUAUAAAAGAGGAUUUACUCCUAAUCCUGACAUACUUUGUAACAAGAACAUCAAAUUUGAUGCUUUUUUCAAACAUGUUCUGCAUCGAUUUCAAGCACAAGCCAUAGCAACCGGUCAUUAUGCCAGAAUAUUAUCAUCUUCUGACAGUUCUAAAAAAAGUAUGAAAACCAAUCAUUUUUUUAGGAUAGUGAUUACAAUGUUAGAAAAAAAAACUGAAAGAAUUUUUUAUAUUUUUUUAGAAUAUAAGCUAUUUAAAGGUGUGGACGAACGGAAGGAUCAAACUUUCUUCUUAUCUCAAAUUCCUAGAUUAGCUCUUGAAAAGUGUCUUUUUCCUUUAGGAGAAAUGACAAAAGACAAAGUAAAAAGUAUAGCUUUAUCUGCUGGAUUAAAUCGUAUUGUGAAGAAGAAAGAGAGCAUGGGUAUGUGCUUCAUUGGUCCUCGAAAUUUUCAGUCUUUCAUAGAUGAAUAUAUUGAACCCCAGAAAGGCUACUUUAGAAAUAUAGAAAAUAACAAAAUAAUUGGACAGCAUAAAGGGGUUCACUGUUGGACAAUCGGUCAAAGAUGUGCUGUUACAGAUAAUUCUAGUGCAUUUUAUGUUGUUGAAAGAAAUGCUGAAACUCAAGAUAUAUUUGUUGCGCCUGGAAGAAAGCAUCUAUCUCUCUUUCAUCAAACUUUAGUCACUGAAAUACCUUAUUGGAUAAAUGAGCCUCCAGUAGAACUUGAAAAGGGUGACUUAUUCCCUUGUGAUUUUCGUUUUCAACACAGGGAGCCUUUAGUUAAGUGUCUUUUGUGGCAAGAUAAUAAAAAGAGACUUCAGAUAUUUUUACAAAAACCGUUACGUGCCCUUACACCUGGACAAUAUGCAGUAUUUUAUCAAGGUGAUGAAUGUCUUGGAAGUGCAAGGAUUCUAUUUAGAGGUCCCUCUUUGUACCAUUUAGAUUCUGUUUACAAUAAAAAUAUCACAUGAU